AUGGCCUCGUCGCGCCGCCCGCUCCCCACCCCGCCUGGGCCCGCCUCCCGCGCGGACUGGGAGCACCUCUACCCGCCCAACGGCCUCCCCGGCGCCCAUCCCGAUCUCUACGCCUUUGGCUCCCCGCAUCCUGCGCGGUGGACCCUUCUUCACAAGGGCUUCUACGACAUGCUCGCCCUGAUCCCCUCGAGCCCGUCCCCGUCCCGGUUCUUCUGGCCUCGCCAGGGUCCUGCCGACGAGCUCAUCUCUGGUCCGCGGUACGAGCAGAUCCCUAACACGAGGUGCAGCGCGCAAUGUCUCCUCCCAUCGAGGAGGAUCAGCAAGGACAUGGUGUCGAGGCCGACCGGUUUCAUCCAUCUUGUCCAUGCGUCCGACGCCGACCAGGCGACCGCCCUUCUCACGCGCUGGGGGCCGGAGGGCCAAGGCAAACUAGGCGAUCCCCGCUGGGCAGACCCUAUCAAGAAUAUGAUCCGAACGAACAUGCAGGCUAGAGCCAUAAACGAGGUGGUCAGCGCUCUCAAACCUACGCCUAGCCAGGCUGGGUCGAACGCCCCCGUCCUGUCCCCUCUCCGCGUGGUCAACGGCAUGAGCACCCCCACGACAUCGUCUAUUCUGACAACGGCUGCACGGGAGAAUGUUUCCUUGUCUCCGCUUUCGCCUACGUUCCAGUCACAGUCGCCCACCUUCCCUCCACAGUCGCCCACGGCACCCUCCGGAGUGCCUCCGGCCCUCGGCCAACCCGGAAACUCCACUAUCCGGUGGACGGCUGGUCUCCCCGUGCAUCAGGAGCACGAAAAAGAGGAUGCAGCCGCUAUGGACAGCGACGAGGAAAUUCCCGAGAUUCCCACUCCCCGUCCCCGGAAACCCAUAACCCCGUCCCUGGCCACGCUCGAGAAAGCCGUCUCUGCAAAGAUAUUCUUCGAGAAUCUGUACUUCCCACUCCUCCGUCAGACGCCGUCCCGUGAACAGAGGCGUUUGGCGAUGGAGAAGGAGAUGGCGUCCAUGCCGCUGAACGAAGCGCAGAAGGACAAUAUCCGUCAACGAUGGCGCCAGAACGAGACCGACUAUCUGCGCGACCGCCGCCGGAAGGUCGAUGUCAAUGCCUUUGUCAAGCUCAAGACCAUUGGCCAUGGCGCCUUCGGCGUUGUCUCCCUCGUCCGAGAGCGGGGUACCGGCCAGCUCUUCGCCAUGAAGCAGUUGCGUAAGACCGACAUGCUUCGCAAAGGCCAGGAAGGACACGUCCGCGCCGAACGCGACCUCUUGCGAUCCGCUUCCCUCGUUAACUCGCCCGGAGGCGCGGAGUGGAUAGUCCGGCUCUUCUACAGCUUCCAAGAUCGUGAUCAUCUCUACCUGGUACUGGAUUACAUGGGCGGCGGAGACCUUCUCAACUUGCUGAUAGAGCGGGACGUCUUCGAAGAAGAUUUCACUCGGUUCUAUGUGGCUGAGAUGGUCCUCGCAAUCGAAUCCUGCCACAAACAUGGGUUUAUUCACCGGGAUAUUAAACCCGACAACUUCCUCUUUGACCCGGAAGGGCAUAUCCGUCUGAGCGACUUCGGUCUUGCCACCGACCUGCACUGGGCGCACGAUACGUCCUAUUAUGAACAGCAGCGUCUCCACUUGCUUCACAAGCACGGCAUCGACCUCGAAGAGAGCAGCGGUCUCGGGGACGGCACGCGGACAAAGCGUUUGGAUCGCAAGGAGGUCGAGCGACUCAUGGGUGGCGGAGAUGGGCAGGGUGGUGUCUUCACUUGGAGAGAGAAGCACCGCCGCAAGCUGGCUUGCGGCACCAACUCGUACAUGUCACCGGAAGUCAUUCGUGGGCACGGUUACACGUUCUCCUGUGACUGGUGGAGUCUUGGUGUCAUCAUGUUUGAGUGUCUCUACGGUUUCCCGCCUUUCGUCAGCAACUCGAGGCACGUUACCAGGCAGAAGAUCUUGAACUGGAAACAGUCUCUCCGAUUCCCCUCGCGCCCAAGGGUCUCGCAUGAAGGCGUGAACCUGAUGGAACAGCUCUUGUGCGAGCCGGAAGACCGCCUCGGAUCCCAGGCGUCGUCCUCAGUCAGCCGGCCAAACUCGAUGAUCAUUCAAUCCAGGCGCAGCGGUUUCAUCACACCACAAGGCACCACGGGCAGCGUGGACGGCGCGCACUUGAUCAAGGCGCACCCGUGGUUCCGCGGGAUCGACUGGGAAAACAUUCACAGAUAUCCCGCGCCCUACCGUCCCGACUUGCACAACCCGGAAGACACUCGGCACUUUGACGACGACAUCCCUCCCGAGCCCCUCGCUCCUGCGAACGGCGCCGCGCCCGACGCGACCCGGGACCCUAUCCUCCGUGACAAGAAGCACGGUGAAGAGAUACUCGAGGUGCGCAAGGCGCUCGCUUUUGCCGGCUUCACCCACAAGAGCCCGCGCGCGAUCAGUUACGUCCGCGCGGACAAGGCCUUUGACCCCGAGCCCGACACAUACGGGCAGGCAGAGCCCGACAGAGGGCGCUCCACGAUCCGCGAUAUUCGGGAUGUCGGCACAGGCCGUGCGAUGUCACUCUGA